AUAUCACUAACAUUAAAUUUUAACAUUUCAGCCUUCAAUACAAAUGGAAUAGUGUAUGAUAAUUCACCAUGGCGACCAGGCAGAGAUAUGGAUUUGGUGGACCAAGGGAAUUCUGAAGACGAAAGAAGAUUUAAAAAUCUAGCUACAAAAAUCUUAUCAAAUGGAGUCGAAGUUUUAGUCAAAGACAAAAACGAUGGCAAACAAGAUCAGACAAAAUACAUGGAGGUGAAAACUAUCAAGCCAUCGUCGCCGAGUAAAAUAUUUCAAAGUAAUUUUGUCAAAAUUGAGAAAAGGAUCGACAAUGAUAACGGCAAUAGUUUCGACCUUAUACAGCCAUCUGAAGUUAGUCACACGCCAUGUACGAGUUCUUGCUCUUGCAGCCAUACAAAAACAGAAAGCUUGAAGACAAAGUAUGCCAACGCCCAUGAUGCUUCUGCUCCUACAAAGUACGGGAUGAAAACGUCUAAGUAUGAUGCAAUUAAGGUAGAUCUUAGACCUACCAAUAAGGAGACACUUGAUAAGAAAACAAAAUACAAUCCCUACGAAUACGAUAGUGGGUCUCUAGCACCCACUGAUAAGGUAGUUGAAAAGUAUACGGAAGUAAUUAAUGACUAUUCGGAUGAGAAAGAUUCAAAUUCGGUAGAAGAAAGUGAACUGCUCACGAACGAACAAGCCCCUUCUCAACCUAAACCAAGCAAAGCUCCUGUAACCAAAAGCCCAGACAAGCAGAAGCCUGAUAAAACACAGAAACCCAAUAAGAACAAAUUUGUUGUUGCCGAUUUAUUGAAACUAGGUUCACUAGGGAUUAAAGGUUUAUCGCAACUAGCGCCUGUUCUCGAGAAAAUGACUGGUGGAUUUAUAAAGAGGCAAGAAAAUAGAACUACUACAACAACAAGCAAACCUGUAUCCAAACUAACGGCUUACAGCGUCAACAAGCGUAUUGAUACUGACGUGGAUUCGAAAAGUAAUUUUCCGAUUUACAUACCUGUAGAUGAGUUAGAAACAUCUGAGUCACAAAUUGGUUUUACUAAUGCCACUUUGCACCAGAACUUGGCAUGGGCAGCGGAACAUAAGCAACCUAAAGCUAGAAUAGUACCACCGAAAAUGAUUCAUGAAAGUCCUUUGGUGAAUGGAGGAAUACCUAUAAGCCCUGGAGAAAUCAUUACUGCAAAUUCAGACGUAAUUGUUGGGAGGCCUGCAGUGGGAGGUCCUUUGACACUCGCGGCUAGUGGAAUCAAACUACAGAACCCAGUAAACCCGCCGCCAUUAGAUAGUUUUGUGGCUGCUGAUGAGCAAUACUUAGUGCAUGAAAAACCCCCUACCUUCGAGCAACCUCCUACCAAUGAUCAAGCUGCUAUUUUGACUAAAGUUGACGAUUCUUUUGAUUUGAGACCCCCAGAAUUACCCAAGCCGAUGCAGAAACCAAUAAGGAGUCCGCCUCGACCUUCUUCACCACCAUAUAAUUUCCACAAUAAUAACGCGCAUAACAUAAACCCUCCACCGAAAAAUAUGCCACGUCCAUCUCUACCACAUAACAAUGAUCAUGCUAUAAAACCGGAAAAAGUUAAACCUGCCACUACUGUUCUAGGAAAUCAUGGGCGACCUGCAUUUUUAGACUAUAUUCCGUCGUUAGCCCGUCCUGAAAACAAACCACAAGAUUCUGAUGAAAUACCAGACAAUAGCCCAAGUUCUUCAGAGAUUAUCAGUACUAAAGUCCGCGUUGAGGAUAGUUAUCCCAUACCCGAUAACAAUGGUUUAAUGAGUAAACCAUUUUUGGUAGACAUUCAACCUUCCAGAGUUGCUAAUGUGUUAAUUCCACACGGAAGUUCUACAGCUUUAGUGUUUGCUGGAUCUUCAGAGCCACAUAAAACUGGUGAUUAUGUUGAUGACCCCUUGCCUUACCCUGAACCUGGGUAUUUUGGUAGCUUUAGUAUAGAUGCUCCUCAAAUGACUAAUGUUCAUAAUGUCGCACCGACCAGCAAUAAACAAUUUGCCGUCAAGCCUACUCAUAGACCAUUAGAACCGUAUAAACCACCACAAAGUUAUAAGAAUCAUACGUUUAAACCUGACCAAAAAAUUAAAUGGAAGGAAACUAAACCUACUUUUGAUUACAACAAGAUUCCUCCACCAACGAGUAACCAAGAAACUUUCUUGCAAGUAGGUCCUCAUAUAACUGCUUACAAUCCUAAUAUUUAUCGUCCUAACAAUGGAAACUUUGAACAUUAUAGUCAUGUUAGAGGCAAAGAAAAGAAAAAAGAAGUCAUCGACAAGGAAUAUGAAAAUUAUUUAGCAGUGCCACCUCCACCACCAAAAAUGCACUUCAAUCAUGAAAGUAACAAUGAUAAAAAUAAACCAUAUCUUCAAAAACCAAUCAUUCAUACAAAACCAGUGCAAGACAUGAAGGUAUUCCUAAACAUUCAGCACCCAGUACCAAAACCGCCUCAAAAAGAUCAAUUGCCUCCGAAGAUUACGUCGGAAAUAUACUUUGCGGCUCAAGUACCUGAUAGUAAACCCACUCCUGUGUAUACUGUACAUAUACCACCAGCAGAGUCUUCGUAUGGCAAUUCUUUACACGUGCCCCAAAAUGAACGUCAUGGCGAAACUCAUAGAGAUACAGCUAUUGGUUCCGGACAAGCCCAUGGCUCAGUACCUACUAAUUCAUCACCCACUUAUGCCAAUAAAUCUAUUGCCCAUAACGAGCAUGACAAGGGUACAUACACAGUCACACUUAAUACUGCAACCAACGUGGCUAGCAAUGUCGGUGACGUUGGACAAGUAGUCGGAUCCAGCGUACCAGUAGCAAUAGGCACUGCAUCUAAGUAUGGUGAUUUGAAUACAGAUAUACCAAUUUCAACCAACUUUGCUAUAAGAGUUGAAGACGAUGCUACAUCUCUGGAUACAUACAACUCACAAAGCAAUCAAAACACACCGAUAGUACACGAACAUGUUGGCUCGGUGAUUAAUGAUUAUAGUGAUACACUGAACAAAGUGUCUAUGGGAGAUAAUAGAUGGAAUACAACCUCGCCGGUUAAGAGUGAACAAACUAUUAAAAAUGAAUAUCAAGAUUAUUAUAACAGUCCAAACUCCAUUAAACCAAAUCAAAAUAAUGUUCCAAGUCCAUCAAUAUCUCCAUCUUUAAAUAGUCAUGCUAAUUUCCAUAUGACAAAUGACUUUACGACUCCAUUCAAUGAUUACAAUAACGUGAAACCAGUGACCGAAUAUGUUGAUGAUAUAAAAUCAAAUGACCAAAAGAGGCCUCCGAAGCUAAUACCAAACAUUCCAACCAACUCGCAUGGUUGGUAUUCAAGUAUUCCUCUUAAUGAAAAUACAUUAAACAGCAUAACACAAAUUAAAGUAGAAUCAACCACAAGAAAAAUUAUUCCGCUGCUCCCAGAUUACAAUAAAGACCUGCCUAACUUCGGUCAAAAAAUCUCAAGUGCAGGUAAACCACCAUCUGAAUUUUGGGGACAAGAUAAACCAUCUUUAACGCACCAUGGCAGACCUUUCAGUAAACCUAAUGAUUACACAGUAUUGUUUACGAGCCAACGGCCCAUCACCUCAAAACCCUACGGACCAAGUUAUAUACCAUCAAACUUUGGUGCUGUAAAACAACCUGCGUACGACAUACCCAUUCGAGAUAACAGCGACGAAACAACAACUGUGAAAUUCACCAGACCAACUACUACCACUACUACAGAAAAAAUUAAACCUGUAUUCGAAACCUCAGAAGAAAUAUAUGACGGCCAAGAAGAUACUGAUAAUAAUAACAGUGAGAUAGAUGGAGAAGUUAGUCAGGAAUCGAUGAAGGUGCCUAUUGUCAGUACUUCAAGUGACGUGGAGCACACUUCUAAAUCAACAACAGAACUAACUCUGCUGCAAGAUGAGAUGAUACCGUCUCAAGAAACUCCAAAAGAUAAAAAUGUGGAUCUAAUAGAUUUUAAUUCUGGAACUCAAACCGAAAAACCAUUUGGAUCCAAUAAUAGGACUUCGUUUUCGUCGAAUACGAUUAAACCCGUCUAUGAUCGUAAUCCAUAUGUGGAUCCAAGACCAUUUACGGUUAAUACUAUUACUACGUUAGAUCAUCAGUUACACCAACCGCAUUGGCAGAUUAACCAGAUGUUAGAAAAUUCAACUAAUAUUUCAUAUGAAGAGAACUUUGAGUUAAAUACUGGUGAAGAAAUGAGCACUAUCUCCACCACUAAACCAUCUACUACCCAUAAAGUGCCCUACUACAUGAACAACCACGAUGGUAAAUAUAGAAGACCACCUAGACCAGUUUUCUCUGCUCGGCCAAGCAACACAUCCCAUGACCCUAAUAAUAUUAUCACAUCUACAGUUCAUAUACAAGACAAGAAGCCCUUGAUUAUAGAAAAACCAAAUGAAAAGACAACAUUACCAUCAUUUACCAUUACAACAGAUUUAGACGUCAAUCGGACUUCGAGUGAAAUUAUCGAUUUAUCACCGCCGCCGCCAACAAUCGACUACAAUUUCAAGCCUUCAACGAACGAUGAAAUGAUUAUGGGAAUGAGUCCUCCACCUCCUAGAACUCCACCUGCUAUAAGACAACCAGGCAGAACUACUCCAAGGCCUAUUAGAACACCUCCUUCAUAUAAAACUCUGCCGCCUCGCACGUUGCCUCCGAGAACUUUGCCUCCUAGAACGACAACUCAAAGACCUACAAGAAAACCUGUCACGAGAGACGAAGUCUCAACUUAUAGACCUUCGUUCGAUAUUAAUAAUAUUAAACGUCCUGCUUACAACCGCGGUCAGCCUUCGUUGCAACUAUUACCUCCACCUCAAGAACCGUCGCGUGUCAUUGAAGUCAAUCCAGAACCAACAGAGAGACCAACACCUCCUUCUGUUAUCUUCCCCACACCUGUUUCUUCGGGAUGGUUAACAUCUUCAGGAAUUGAAUUUGCAUCAGGUUAUGACUUUGAACCUACCUCUAUACAAUUCCCUGGAACAGUAGUUCCCACUGUAAUUGCUCCAUGGCAUACUUCGUCAACCGAAAGAAGUUCAAACGAGGAAGCGUCUAGUGAACGUAAUGAUAACCUUAGUACAGAGAAACCUGUUACAGAAGAAAACACAUCAGAUUCUAGCAAAGAGGGUACUGAUAAUCAAUCUUCUGUCACGUUUGAACGACCUGUGUCCACAGAAUCCACCAGCAAAGAAUCACAAGAGGACGUUUCUACUGAAAGAAUCAAGUUUGGAACCGCAGGAUAUAGAAACAGAACUCGUAGGCCUUACCCAUCACGAGAUAGUACUAGUAAGUACAAAACGACCACAACAAAAAAACCUACCACAACAACGAAACCUGUAAGAACACGUCCAGAAAUUUUAUAUCCUACACGGCCUACACCUACUAAGAAGGUUCCAGUAAUCAGACCGAUUCCUCAGAGGCCUAUAACAAUUAGUCCAUCGAGCGUUAUUGAAAGUUCCGAAUCUCCAGUUGAAGAGAAUUUCAUUAAACCAACAGAAGUACUUAAAGAAAGCUCUUUGCCUUCUAUACAAGAAUUGGAGGCUUCAAACGUAAUAGAAAAAGUGCCACCAAGCGUAUAUACUCCUAUUACAGAAGGUAGCGUAGUUGUCAAGCCAACUCACCACGCUGGUAACGAAGUUAAGGUAUUUGAUGAGAUCAUACCAACAAAAACUGAAUUUAAGACUACGGUAGUAACUCUAACAAAGACGUUAUCUGAACCACCACAAAUUAUUUCAAGCAUUGGGUAUGUAAACUUAACUCAUACUCUUACUGUCACUCAUACAAAGACAAGUCUUGUAAGUCAAUCAGAAGGAGCUGUAACGCAAACGUUGAUAUUGACUAAUACACACACAUCAACUAUAGUAGACGUUGUCACUGAAGUCUAUACACAAGUCCAGCCAACUACCAUUAUUGAGACUGUAACCAAACAUAUUCCCAUAUCAUUAGACCCAACGCCGGUUGUAGAAGCGACCACUAAGACUAAAUUGGCUCUCGAUGAUGUUACUAUGUCUUCAGAAGAAACUGAAAACUUCAUCAUAAAAGAAAGUGAAACAACUGAAAAUAUACAAAAGAUUCAUACUGAAAGUGACAAUGAAAACGACACUUUCUUAAUAGUAAUGAAUAAAUCGCAGAAUGGUGGGCAGGCACCUCCUGUACAGACGGACGUUGAAACGGGCGAUUAUGAUGGAAUCACUAGAAAUGAACAAGUAAACAGCAAUGGAGUGUCACAAGUUCUAUUUGGUGAAAUUUUACUGGCUGGAACGCCAUACUUGGAAACUACAAACGUCGGCCAUCCUACCGGAUAUGGCAAAGAAUGUCAACCAGACUGCAAAGCGUCGAGGAACGAGCGUUGCCAGAGAAUCGAUGGACUCAUGAAGUGCGUGUGCAGACCAGGUUUCGCCAGGAUGUUCCCUGAUAGACCUUGCAAACCUACCUACACCUACUCCGUCAAGCUCGCCCUCGGCACCCAAGGCAACGAGCGUCUCCAUUUCCACGAAACCCUGGCGGACAACUCCAGCAAGCAAUAUCAGGCGUUAGCCCUGGCCACGCAUGAGGGCAUCAACAGGAUGAUCAUGCAGUCAGAUCUGAGGGACGUGUUCCAUGGAGUGCACAUCACGGGCUUCCAUCCGGUGGAGAUACGGAGUGAUGGGGAGUUGUACCAGGGAGUUAUGAACGACUUUUAUGUGCAGCUAUCCGACAACGCGCACGAGAGCCGCUUGAAGGAAGUGCUUGAGAAGUACCUCCGACACAACAACUACAGCCUUGGAGGAACCGACGUCCACGCCGCUGGAGAGUUGGUGGACAAGCUGGAAGUUAACGACUUCGACGAAUGCGUCAGCGGGCAGUUCCAUGACUGCUCUGAGCAUUCCCAGUGCUUCAACCUCCGCGGCACUUACACCUGCAGCUGUCUCGAGGGCUUCGCAGACUUGAGCGUCAACUCGCAGUACCCUGGUAGAAUAUGCUCUGCUGAACCGGUGGGAUGCGAGCGAUGCAACUACCACGGAGCGUGCUACUCCCGGGACGACCGCCGCGUGCUGUGCGAAUGCUUCCAGUGGUACGCGGGCAGCACAUGCCAUAUCAACCUGAAGGUGGUGCUGAUAUCCUUGGUUGUGGUUGGCGCGCUACUGACAGCCGUUCUAGCCGCAUGCGCCGUGAUAGCGUGUUCACGCCGCCCGCGCCCCCCACCUCGAUCUAUCGUCGCUUGCAUCCAGAGCAUGCCGGGACUUCACCAGGGUGCCAUGCCGUCGAAGCAGCGUGCCGAUCGAAGAGCCUUGAUCAGCGAGAGGGGAGCGGAUUCCGGAGACGCAUCGAGUGUACAGAAUGCCUCCCUUCCCUACAUGCCGGCUAAGAGACCGAGCAAGAAGACGGCGAUCUCGGAGCCGCCGGCGCACGACCCGCCGCCGCCGCCGGCGCCUGCAGUCAUGAUACCACGCGCACGCCUUCAUCCACACCACUCUGACAGCAGGGAGAACAUCGCAAGGAAGAAGAGUUUGGAGCUCAGCAGUGAAGCCAAGCUGAUCAGCUACCUGGAGUCAGGUGCCGUCAACAACAGUCAUUCCAAUGAUGAGAUGAGAAGAAAACACAGCAUGGAAUCAUCUUACAGUGCCAUGAAAGAGAGACAUAAUAAGCAAGGUGCAUUAGUAUCAGCUGGGUUCAAGGUCUCCACCACCAUCCGGCCCGACGAGCCCGUCAACCGCGACGACACGUCGUCUGUGCACAAGGACAUGGACGAUCUGCGGUUCGACUCGCUUAGGAAAUCUUACAGCCAAGAAGACUUAUCAGAAUGGACUGAUGCUGAGCGCCGACUUGGAGAAUUGACGUUAUCCGAGGCUCGUUCGGUCGGCGGGACUUUGCCAGCCAGCACAGGGCGAGCUGCGUCGUCUACUCGUCUAACACAUCAGGAGGCCAACACGAUGGCGGAGCGUGACCUGGGCUCCACCUUCCUACUGCCGCACGUGCACCUCUAUAAACCGGACCUAACGAGCGACGUAUCGGAGUUCGAUUCCCUGUGAAGACACUCAGUCAUUUAGAUUACUGUAAGACUUCAGAUUGUGGCGUGAAAUUGUACCACCAAAGUGAAGACUAAUGUUAUUUAUUUUAUGUUAUAAGUCGGGCACACGGUAUUGCCUGAACUUGGCCUUGCACUACCGCGUGCCUUGGUGCUUAAUAGACAACACGGAGGAUGGAAGGGACUGGAGAUGCUUAACCCUUGUUUUGGCAAUGUAU